UUGCGAAUAUUUUAGUGGCAACAAGGUGAGAUUGCCACUUGAGCUGUUUUUCUUACUGCUAUUGGACGUGUAUCGUUUCAACUGUUUUUUACUAGUUAUUUACGAAUAGUAAAAUCAAUAUUUUAAGUGUUAACGAUGGAAUCUAAGCAGCCUUCUUCUGCAUCCUCCGUGAGCUGCGGGGGGCCAGUGGUAAAAGGAUGCUUCGUAUUCGCCAUCAUAAAUGCCGUUAUAUGCGUCGCAGCGUCCCUCGGUAGCCUGGCCUUCCUAAUCUUCAUUCUAUACACCUGGUUCGACGGAGAAUCCCGGGGCCCUAACGACAUGGUGCUGGUGUAUCUGUUCACGGGCAUCGCUGUGGGCUGCUGUGUGGGCAGUGCCUUAGCGCUCACGUUCGCUGUCGUGCUGGUUGUGGGAAUUCGCAGAGGCAACAAGGGCUACGUGAUGGCCUACCUGAGAUACGGCGUUGCCGUGGUGGUGCUGAGCGUGCUCGGGUGCCUCGGGUUCAUUGGGCUAGAGUGGGGCGAGACCCAGCUCAUGAUGUACACUUUGAUCCCACUUGGGGUUUGUGUUAUAUACUCCUUGAUGCUGAUACCAGUGUACCAGACCUACGUGGUAUUUUCAAAAAGCGCGCCCGCUACACACGCAAGACUACUCAACACUUAUGAUAUUUGAAAAUCACCUAUCUAAAGUCUGACCGGAAGGCCGCAAAAACGCUACGCCUGGAUCUGAGGACCCACUGCGAAAAUAGAAAAUCGAAAUUUCGCAUCUGCAUUUCGCUCUUUCAGCGUCUCCCGAGCGUUGGCGUCUAGUCAACUCCAUGGCUGCUACUGGACGCAACAUUGGAGCAACUGCACAGCGACGCCAUUUUUCACAACGCUGACGAGACGCUGACGCUCAAAGACCCAAAAGACGCUAGUGUGGGGUGGCCCAAAGAAAUUUCGUUUAACAAGUUACUGUCAAAAAAUGUUUCUGUGACACUCAAUUUUAUUGCUGACUGUACUUCUCAUAUGCAAUGCAUGUGUAUCGAGUUCUUCUCGAUACACAUUCUUCUUCUCUUCUUCUCGAGACCUUUCUAAUAAACCUAAACUCGAUAUGUUUAUGAUCUUCCAUCGAGGACCUUUGGAAACCUACCGACUGCAUCGUCAAUUUAUCAAAUCAGCUCCAUGCAGUGCGGCAGAGUUGCAGAUUUUGCAGCUUAGUUGGUUAGAACGACUAAUAGGCAGAAAAAAAAAGUAUUAAAGCCGAGUUUAAGUAACUAAGACUAUUUUUUAAACACAAGCUGCAUUUUUGGUUAUUACAGUAGGUAUACAUCUAAAAUCUUAUAACUGAAAUUUUCUAGUCUCAACAAUAGUUUUAACUGUGAACCUUAUACAUGCUUAUAAUUUAUAAA